UUCUCAUUCCAUUUGCAUUAUGACACCAAAUCCUACUACUUCUUUCUUGAGUUGAAUUUUGAAGACAAGCCAAGGAAGAACAUUUGGUGGGAUCGGGAGUGGCUGAACACUCUGGCCAAAUUAGGGGACCAGCUGAAGGGGGAAGAGGCAGCGUCUGCAGUGGAAAAGAACAGAGUGCAGGGAUCACAGGAUGAUGGGCUGUGGAGCUCAAAUGCUGCUGUGCCUCACAGCUCUUGCUGUCCUGUCAUCUGAUUGGCUGUUGCCUGUGGUCAAUGCUCAGGAUGUUCCCGAAGACCCAACAGCAGUGCCUGAUGCAGAAGUGCCCACUGAUGCAAAAGACUUAGCUUUGGACGAUCCUGGAAAAACAGCAGCAGAUGAUCAAGGUGAUGGUGACCUAACAACAGCAUCUGGAUGCCACGAAGAGAAAUUUCCGUGCACACGUUUGUACUCUGUUCAUAAGCCUGUGCAGCAAUGCAUCAGUUACUUAUGUGUUACCAGCCUCCGUCGGACAUACAUGAUAAAUAAGGAGAUCUGCUCUCGUAUUGUCUGCAAAGAGGAUGAAGCCAUGCAGGAUGAGAUCUGCCGCCAGCUGGCUGGCCUGCCACCCCGCCGCCUCCGCCGUUCCGGCCAGCCUCGAGGACCGCUCUGCCGACGGGCUCAGGCUCAGCAGCAGCAGACCAUUGAAGCUCAGUGAGCCUCAGAGCGUGGGGAUGUUACAGGAGAGGAGGGACUGAAAUCAUGAUGAACCCAAACCGUCCGCUGGUGGCAACACAACAUGAGUUUGCUUUCUUCCCACAAUUCCCUGUCUCGGGCGGUGCUCCAGUGCUGGGAGCCUCCUUGCCUGCAUGCCACUAGUGGCAGCUCAUGUCACCUUUGGGGUGCGAUAGUAAGGCCCGUGUCAUAUGUUCUCACUUGCGUGUCGCUGUCGCCCGAGGGCUGCUUAUAUAAACCCUAUGCACACCUGCCCUAAUAUAUACAUACAUAUGCAUAUAUUCAAUAUAAGCAGCGGUGGGAUCAUGUCUGCCACCCCC